AUGCCGGUCGCGGAGAACAGUCGGCUUUACGCACCAACGCGUUCCUCUCUCGCUAAGACACGCGCUGUCAGUCCACCCUCGCAGCGACGCCUCUCCCCCGCAGGCAGCAGCGGAAAUGGAGCGCAGGGUUCCGAGCCACGUGCUGGUUCAGCCCGAUCUUUGUCACCCAAUAGAACCGCUGCACCCGCCGGCAUCGGGCUCGCGCGAGCAAGCGGAGCAAGGAGCAGGGAGGACCAGCCGGCAAGCGGGGGAAUGGGCCAGCACGCUGAGGUCUCCGCAGAGACGCGGAGAUGGUCUGCGGGGAGCAGUACUGCGCGCUUACCAUCCCCCUCGUCUCCCCCUACCUCCCCGCGGUUCACUCGGCGCAGGGAUACCUCCUCCCCGCCUUCCUCCCCCGGCCUCGGACCCGGUCGGCCGUCCCGGCGAACGGACCACGCCCGAGAUGGCGGACACGUGGCACUGGGGAGGCAGGGGCUAGCGGUGAUGCAGGGACGACGGCUGUCGGAUUCGAGCUCAAGUGUGUCGGUGCUGGGAGUGGUGGAGGAGCAAGCGGGGGACACGGGUGAGGGGUCGCGGCAAGGAUCAGUGGACGCGUUUGAGGCGAUGAGCAACAGCAGCCAGAUCAGCGACUCCGGUAGCUACAGCGGCUCCGCGCCCACCGCCGCGCGGAACGGUCAUGUCUACUCCACGGACGCCGCGAGGCAGAGCCGUUUGUCUCUUGAGCCGCGCCACGGCGGGCAAGCAGCUAGACUAGCCACCCCUGCUGACGUGGACAGGUAUCACGAGAGCGGUCGGCAGUUCGGGCAAAUGUUACGGGGGGGCGCGGGGCCGGCGCGCAUUGUCAGCCCCGUGGAACGCGCCGUAGCUGCGGAACUUGCGACAUUGGCGGAUUCCGUCACGGACGCAGACGUGUAUGCGCCGUCCCCCGCCGCAGCCGCGCUUAUGUCCGCAACGGACGGGCUCUUCUCCGCCGCGUCCGCUUACGCCUCCGCCUCUGUUCCCCCGCCCCCUGGCGCGCCUUCACCAACACCCCUCUACAGUCUCUCCGCGCAUCAGCCUGUCUCAUCCUCCCCGUGGCCCCCGACGGUUGUGGCGCUUGCGCGUCCACCUGAGGCGGGGCUGGGCGGACUUGAUGUAAGGGCGCGGUUGGGGCGCACCCUGGGGUACGGGAGCGCGGGCGGAGGGGGGAAGGCCGGGGGGAGGUGGGCUACAAUGGAGUCGAGCAUUGAGGGGCAGGGGCGGGAGAGGCAGCAUCAGCAGCAGCAGCAGCAGCCAACGAAGGACGCCAAGGAGCUGGCACGGUCGCUGCUGCUGCAGCUGUCGGGCGGCAGAAAGGCGCCGCUGGGGGGAGGCGCGCCGCAGGUCAUUGCGGUGCGCGAUCGGAGUGGAGGGGAGGCGGCGCAACGGGACUCCGGAGCCUCGGGAAUGCCGGCUGCAGUCCACGGGGAUGGCAUGAGCGGGCAGCGGCAAGGGGUGGAGGGGGCGACCAGUGCAUUCGCAGGUCGAGGGGCCGUGACCGGCAGGGAGGCGGAGCAGGGAGAAGUUGACUCGAUUAUGACUCAGCGAGGUGCUUAUAACGAGAAGAAACGCGGUGACACUGAGAGGACGGGCGGUGGCGUGAUGGGCGGUGCGAGUUUCGACGAUGACGUGAUGGUGAUGGCGGGCGAGGACGAACAGCACGAGGAGAAGGCCGCGUGGAGGCAGCCGUGGUCGCAGCGACGACUGCAGCACGACGACGUGCCGCCGUCGCCACCACCGCUGCUGCAGCAAAAGCAGCAGGAGCAGGAGCAGCAGGAGGAGGAAGAAAAGCUGGAGCAUGAACAGGGGCUGCGGCAAGUCGAGUUGCAGGAGCAUUUGCAGAAGCAAAUAUCAUUGCAGCAGCAAAUCGAGUUGCAACAGCAGGAGGAGGACCGAUCAGAGGAGGCAGAAGCAGAGAGUACGGAGGAGGAAAGCGAGGAGCGGCUUGUGCGAAUGCGAGCAGAGGAGCAGGCGGAGCAACAGAGGCAGCAGAAGCUGCCAUCGCAGCCGAGUCUAUCACAGCAGCAGCAGGGGCAGCAGCAGGGGGCGGCGGGGGGCAGCCCGGUGUCGACUCUGGAUGUGGCGCUGAGCAAGGGGUCCCCCUCAACCGAUGCAGGUGAGGAGGAGGGCGGGCUCGCCUUGCACGCGCGCAUGCACGCACUCGCCGACGCCCACUGGCUCGCCGUGGAUGCCAGCCAAGCAGAGGAAAUGGCAGUCGAAGAGGACAUGGAGAAGCGUGGAGGUGCAGAGGAAGAGGCAGAAGCCUGCAGGGAAGCAGCGCGCGUGUGGGGCGAUGAGCCUUGCGUGCCCGCCCAACAGGCGCUGCCACUCUUGCACACACAAGGAGACAAGGCACCCGACUCGUCCCUGCUCGCACCAGCAAACCCUCCUCCUGCCUCUCCUCUCACCACCGCCGUCACCCCUGCAGCAGGACCUCUCCAGCCGCCCCUCUCAGCGCCCCCGCCUGCUCUCCCCCUGCCACCACUGGAGUCGCUAAGCACAGUGGACCUGGGAACACUCGCCUUUGUGCCGUCACCAGCGGGCAUGGAGGAGGACCUCGAGUACAUCCGCUACGUGCUCGUUGCUGCUGGCUUCGCCAACCGCUCUCUCCCCCCUGCGGCGUCUCCAGCUGCGCCCAUCAGUGCGGCGGUGUUUGAAGUGCUGGAGGCGGAGUUCCUGUCGCUGGAUGGCAUCAUUGUUGACCCUGCCAACCCCCUGGGGCCUGUCACGGGGCAAGCAGCAUCAGGAGGCAAGGCAGGAGGUCCAAACGCAUCAUCGCCAGAAGCAACAGCAGAUGGGUUGUCGGAGAGUGAGAGCCUGCCAUCAGAUGCAGCGCCGGCCUUCUCCUCACCAGCCCUCCCUGCCAAUUACCCUGAUGAGCGGCGGCAGUUCCGCCUCCUCUUUGACGCCGUGAACGAAGCUCUCGGCCGCCGCCUCGUGCCUUUCCUCCUGCCCUCCCAACCGUGGCAGCACCUGCAUGCCGCCCGGUCUGCACCCCUACGGAAACGGCCAGCCGGGCGGCGGCUGCUGCAGGAGGUGUGGGCAGAGAUCCACUCGUGGGCUGUGCCCAUGUCUGAUGACGUGUUUGACACCCUGGAUGACCUGGCACGCAGGGACUUGUGGAAGGGAGUGGACACCUGGAUUAACAAGGAUAAGGCUGUGGAUGAUGAGGUGCCAGAUGUUGUGUUUCAACUGGAGGAGGUGCUGAUGGGGGAGUUGAUUGGGGAGAUGUGUGCGGAUUGGAUGGAGAUAGGGAGGAGAAAGCAGAGAGGGAGAGAUGGAAUGCUUGAGUUGAUGGAUGGAGGAAAGCACCAUGGUGGAGGGAGUGAUGUGUUUAUAGCAGGAAAGGAUGGAGGCAAGGCAGGUGUGGUGGCCGUGGAAGAGAAGGAGAGUGGUUCGGCAAGAGGGUCACCGAUCGCCAACAUGAUUCGGUACAGCAUCGACAGCUACAACAAGCCCAUACCCGCCGUGUUGGAGAUCCCCAGCAAGGAGCAUCCGUACGACCCCAACCAGGACUCCAUUCUCUCGCGCGUCAAGCACAUGUUUGCUUCGUCUGAGUCCGUUUCUGACUCCAGGGUCUGA